AUGGACAGUUCUAUGGCCAUGCCAACGUCUUCUACAAUGUAUGAAUCUUUCUCACCUUUUCUUCAAUCAGUACCUUUCUAUCAACAAAUUUCAACCACCAAAGCUGAUACUACUGUUCCCGUUCGUAUUUCUGAUUCAAGGAAACGACUCAGAGACUCCACAGACGAAUCAAACGCUCCUCAUCAUCCGCAGAAAAUCAAACUCUCAAAUCAAUCAAAAUUUCUUGACCGAGACAUUAUCCUUCUUCACAAUUCACAACAAUCCGAAAUCAAUUGUUUAAUUGAACAACACGCGGAGAAUUUGAGAACGGCGAUAGCAAAUCAAAGAAUGAAGCAAACAAGAAUGUUACAGUGUGUAAUCUACGAGUCAAUGGUGAAGAAACUGAAGCAGAAAGACGAAGAGAUCGAAGACCUUAGAAAACAGCAUUUAAUGCUUCAAGAAAGAGUGAAAACGUUAAUAAUGGAGAAUCAGAUUUGGAGAGAGAUGGCGAUGACAAACGAAACUACUGUAAAUACGUUACGAAUCGAAUUAGAAAAAGUGAUGCAAGUUAGCGAGAUCCACAACCACCGUAACGGUUGCGAUGAUGCGGAGGAUGCGGAAUCUAGUUGUAGGAGUAACUGCCACGUGGAGGUUGAGGAAAAAGUGGCGGGAAAAUGGAUGUGCAAGCAAUGUGGGGUAAAUAGGUCAGAACUGCUUUUACUACCGUGUAGGCAUAUGUGUCUAUGUGCAAUUUGUGGGUCCACUAUUCUCAAUUGCCCUCUUUGUUUUUCUUCUGUUACUGCUGGUGUUCCGGUUAAUUUCUUUUAG